GGACUGCGGCCCCUUCUUAAGCCCGUGAAGCUACUGGCUGCCCCUCUCUCGCCUCUCCCGCCAGACUCCCGCUCCGCGAUGGCCUCCGCACUGAGCUAUGUCUCCAAGUUCAAGUCCUUCGUGAUCUUGUUCGUCACCCCGAUUCUGCUGCUGCCACUCAUCAUUCUGAUGCCUGCCAAGUUUGUCAGGUGUGCCUAUGUCAUCAUCCUCAUGGCGAUUUACUGGUGCACAGAAGUCAUCCCUCUGGCUGUCACUGCCCUCAUGCCUGCCUUGUUUUUCCCGCUCUUCAAGAUUCUGGACUCCAAACAGGUGUGCGUCCAGUACAUGAAGGACACCAACAUGCUGUUCCUGGGCGGCCUCAUCGUGGCUGUGGCCGUGGAGCACUGGAACCUGCAUAAGAGGAUCGCCCUGCGCACGCUCCUCUGGGUGGGGGCCAAGCCUGCCCAGCUGAUGCUGGGCUUUAUGGGCGCCACGGCCUUCCUCUCCAUGUGGAUCAGCAACACGGCCACCACGGCCAUGAUGGUGCCCCUUGUGGAGGCUGUGCUGCGGCAGAUGGAGGCCAUGAGCGCAGCCACCGAGGCCAGCCUCGGGGCUCUGGAGCUGGCAGACGAGGGCAAGGCCGGCGAGCUGCCAGGGAGCCAAGGGAAUUCUGAAGGUCCCUCCAUGAGGCAGCGGGAGGUCGACAGGAAGAACAUAUGCAAGGCCAUGACCCUGUGCGUGUGCUACGCAGCCAGCAUCGGAGGCACUGCCACCCUGACCGGCACGGGGCCCAACGUGGUGCUCCUGGGACAGAUGCAAGAAUUGUUUCCUGACAGCAAAGACAUCGUGAACUUCGCCUCUUGGUUUGGAUUCGCCUUCCCCAAUAUGCUGAUCAUGCUGCUGCUCUCCUGGCUGUGGCUCCGGUUUAUUUACAUGAGAUUCAACGUUAAAGAGUCCUGGGGCUGCGGGCUGGAGAAGCAGGGCGAGGAGAAGGCCGCCCACGAGGUGCUGUGGGCGGAGUACAGGAAGCUGGGGCCCCUCUCCUUCGCCGAGGUCAACGUCCUGCUCUGCUUCUUCCUGCUGGUCGGCCUGUGGUUCUCCCGGGACCCCGGCUUCAUGCCCGGCUGGCUGUCCGUCGCCUGGGUGGAGGGCAAGACAAAGUAUGCCUCCGAUGCCACAGUGGCCAUCUUUGUGGCCAUCUUGCUAUUCAUCGUGCCUUCGCAGAAGCCCAAGUUCAACUUCUGCAGCCAGACUGAGGAAGAAAGGAAAACACCAUUUUAUCCACCUCCGCUGCUGAAUUGGAAGGUGGCCCAGGAGAAAGUACCCUGGGGCAUCGUGCUGCUCCUGGGGGGUGGCUUUGCUCUGGCUAAAGGAUGUGAGGCCUCGGGGCUAUCAGAAUGGAUGGGGAAGCAGAUGGAGCCCUUGCAUGCCGUGUCCCCAGCAGCCAUCACCUUGAUCUUAUCCACACUCAUUGCUGUGCUCACUGAAUGCACAAGCAACGUGGCUACCACCACUCUGUUCCUGCCCAUCUUUGCCUCCAUGUCACGUUCCAUUGGCCUCAACCCGCUGUACAUCAUGAUCCCCUGUACCCUGACUUCAUCCUUUGCCUUCAUGUUGCCCGUGGCCACUCCACCUAAUGCCAUCGUGUUUUCCUAUGGACACCUCAAGGUUUCUGACAUGAUGAAAACAGGACUAAUAAUGAACGUCAUUGGAAUCACCUGUGUAUUUUUGGCCGUCAACACCUGGGGACGGGUCAUAUUUGACUUGGACAGUUUCCCUGACUGGGCUAAUGUGACAGCACAUUGAGACUUAGGAAGAGCCGCAAGACCACGCCCAAGGCCCCUGCCCUCCUGAGGACACCCGAACCUUCAGUACAACUUGUAGCAGAGCUUUGGGGUUCAUGCCCCAAGGUGACCCCAUGAU